AUGGCCCUUGUGUCUGCUGAUUCCCGAAUUGCAGAACUGCUCACAGAGCUCCAUCAGCUCAUCAAGCAAACCCAGGAAGAGCGUUCGAGGAGUGAACACAACUUAGUGAACAUCCAGAAGACCCACGAGCGGAUGCAGACCGAGAACAAGAUCUCUCCCUAUUACCGGACAAAGCUGCGUGGCCUCUAUACGACUGCCAAAGCCGAUGCAGAGGCUGAGUGCAACAUCCUUCGGAAAGCCCUAGAUAAGAUUGCAGAAAUCAAGUCUCUAUUGGAAGAGAGGCGGAUUGCGGCCAAGAUCGCAGGCCUGUACAAUGACUCGGAGCCUCCUCGGAAGACCAUGCGCAGGGGGGUGCUCAUGACCCUGCUGCAGCAGUCAGCCAUGACCCUGCCCCUGUGGAUCGGGAAGCCUGGUGACAAACCCCCGCCCCUCUGCGGGGCCAUUCCGGCUUCUGGGGACUACGUGGCCAAACCUGGAGACAAGGUGGCCGCCCGGGUGAAGGCCGUGGACGGGGAUGAGCAGUGGAUCCUGGCCGAGGUGGUCAGUUACAGCCACGCCACCAACAAGUACGAGGUAGACGACAUUGACGAAGAAGGCAAAGAGAGACACACCCUGAGCCGCCGGCGGAUCAUCCCACUGCCCCAGUGGAAGGCCAACCCGGAGACGGACCCUGAAGCUUUAUUCCAGAAGGAGCAGCUUGUGCUGGCCCUGUAUCCCCAGACCACCUGCUUCUACCGCGCCCUGAUCCACACGCCCCCACAACGGCCCCAGGAUGACUAUUCUGUCCUGUUUGAAGACACCUCCUAUGCAGACGGUUACUCCCCUCCCCUCAAUGUAGCCCAGCGGUACGUGGUGGCUUGUAAGGAGCCCAAGAAAAAGUGA